AUGUGCACGAGUAAGGUCCAGCACGUGAUGGGACGAAAGACCAGUUGCAACCGGUCUAAACCUGUCUUUUUCGGUUUUUAUAUAUUUACAAAAACAUGGCAACUGGCAACUGGACUGACCACAAAUGUGGGCAACUGCAACUGGAAAAAGACCGGACCGUGGUUCAGUCCAGUUCAGUCCUAUGUAUAUUUUCAGUCCUGUAGACUGGACCUGCGAACACUAGGUGGGGUGCAAAAGAACAAGGCAAAAGAUCGGCCUGUCCCCAAAGGGACCAACCGCCGUUCUUCCAAGGCCAAGGAGGUUCAAGCCUCUAUAUUUUCCAACGCAGUGUCUCUUGGCGGUCGUCCUGAUGUGGUUUAUUGGGGGAACGUGGCAGUCAUGGAAGGGGAAAACGACACCGGCCUCACCCCAGACAUAAUAUCACAGGUGAUCUGGAACACAUUUGAACUGAAUUUCCGUCAUGAGAUUCACCAGCUCGACUGCCAUCUCUUGCCUGCUGCAUGGGCUUCAGUUUCUGAAGCAGGCUUGCGGGACACUUCGAAACAGUUGAAAGCACGGUACAUGUCUGAAAGUAUCUCAGAGGCCAAGUUUCGGGAAUCGGAGCAAGCAGUGGUGGUGGUGUACUGCCAGACAUUUUUUGACAACUUCGGUCGUGCACCUUGCACCCUGCAUGAGAUUUCCCAAGAUAAGACAGACAACACUUGGUUUUUCCCUUUCUUCCCUCCCUAUCUUUGUCUCUCGUCUCAUGGCACUAUGUUCAAACGGAAAGCAGUAAAGUCUCGUGAAGAGCUUCCCAGAAAGUUAGUUGCAGCAGGCACGUUCCAAACACACAGAGUCUAUGGCACGGGAGAUGUGACAUCUGAACCCCAGGCCAAUGUUUACACUCCCCAGGGCCAUUUUGUCCAGCAUACAGAUUCCGUUCAUGAUGUUCAAACUGAUACCUUCAAAGCUUUGGCCACUGAUAUAAUUGGUGAAGCCGAUGAUACACGUUGCACGGGGAUGAACGUGAAAGUGCGAAACACGCAAACAAGGAUCAAGUGUGUUGGGGAAAACCCUAUACACCUAACACUCACACACACACACACACACACUAUCACAAUCUCGGUGCAAGAGUUUGAGGGCCUUUGGUAUUAA